CAGAUUUCUGCUUUACUCCGCUUACAAUGGACAGGUUGGUGCCGCAGGCUAUCUAACCGACAUUGUGAAGUAAUAAGGGUGCGCGCGAGCUCACUCUCACGCAGACUCAGCCACAGCCCCGCCUCUGAGGAUAAUUACACUGAAGUGUUUUAAGAAUCGCUUCACCUUAACAGCUCACCUCAGUCGCGGAGCUGAAACAUGCAGUCGGUCUCGUUCGAGCCGCUGUGGUGACCUCGCCUUUAUACAAGACCUCAACCGGAGACAGUGAACAGAAAAAUCUGUCAAGAAACCAAAGUAAAGAAGUAGCCCCCUGUUACCAGACGAUACUACAGAAGACAAGAUUUGUUUAAUACAGCAAACUACCGAAAGACUGCUCGGAUUAUCUCACUGGGACACCAGCAAGGAGUGACAUCAAGAACACUUCACUGGGCGACAACAAAGACAUUGAGUAACUCAGGUUAGCAUCUUGGAGUGAGUCAUUAACACAGCACCCAGUGGGAAACACAUCAGCAAUAAGAGGGUCUCUCCUGGUACUGAGUAAUAGAAAAGGGGGCUCCCGUUCACCUCACAGACACAUCACCUAGCAGUAAAUGUCAUCUGUUAUUGUGUGUCUCAUUUGAGUAACACUUUAAUGCAGAGAGAGAAAGCUGUCCAGACCGUAAUGAAAGAAGCCUCACUGAAGAGAGUGUGCCAGUCAACUACCCAGUGCAUCAUCUAGGAUUGAGUGCCAUCUGGUAACUCAUUAAGACACAAGCAAAGUGUGUGUCUCAUCCGGACAAUCCAUCCACCUAGGAGGUGGGAAGACAAGCUCAUCUGAGAAAUACAUUAUUGAGACAAUGGGUCAGCAUAUCAUCUAGGACUGAGUGUGAUCUGUCAACUCACCUACAUGAAGAGGGAUGGGUGACCUCUCACCAUUCAACUGACCAGCACAUCAUCUUGGGAUUAAACUCUCUGAUUAACACAGUGACAUAAGAGUGACAACAGUGCCUCAUCUGAGUACCUGUCAACUGCCCAGCAUAUCAUCUAAGACCAUCUAUUAAUUUAUUAAUACAUAAGAAAAGUGUCUGUGUCUCGUCUGGGCAAUGCAUUCACCUAAGGGUGUAAAUUGACCAAAACAUCAGUGAGGAGACGCGCUUAUCUAAGUAACCCAUUUUCGAGUCCACUGUCUAGGACGUCAUCAAGGAUUGGAGGUCAUCAGUUAACUCCGUAACACGAGAGUGACAGCAGUGCCUCAUGUGCGUUAUCUCACUGAGGUGAAUGUGCCACCCAUCACCUGACCAGCUCAUGAUCUGAGAAAGAAGUCUUAUCUGUUGGCUCGUUACCACAAGAGUGAGGAUUGUGUCUUACCUGGGAUACAGAUCAUCAAGGACUGGGCCUCACAAGUGGAAUAGCGAAGGGAGUGUUAGAGCUGUUACCUCAAAACGAUGGAGAGCAGCCCUUUUUCUCUGUAAACUCACGGUAAGUCUUCUUGGCUCCUAAAGUGGGAAACACAUCAUGGAUGAGUGUGUCGUCUCCUGAGCCUGUUAUAAAUGAGAGGACUUCACCUACUGUCUUGUGCCAUUUCAUUAACCUAACUGGGGCAGGAGCCUCGACUGGAUAGCAUAUCAGCGAGAGAUUUCCCAUAAUGAUCAGUUCACGGGCAACAUCAGCUAAAAGAAAAGUCCUAUCCAUAAGUGGACACUGAAAUGGGUGUCUUAAUCGGGGAGUGUCACAGAAAAAAAGACAUCUUAACCCAGCAGCUGGGAAGCUUUCUGGAUUUGAUCUCCACCUUUCAUGGAGUGAGGGGUCUCACAGUGAUUGUGGGAAACCUCAACCAAACAAGUUGACACAUGGAUCCUGUGACAACAUCCACCGUGUGACACACUGCCCUCAGGAUUUAUUUCUGUUUUUACUACCUUUAUGGACGUUUACUUUGAAGAUUGGACCAACUUUGUUCCAAAUUGAGUGGUAUUUUGGGUAAUAUCUUCUGAAUGAUAAUUAGCUUCACAGUAAUUAGAUAAUAAUCUAUAAAGCACAUUUCUUCAAGAAAGCUGAGGCUCAGAAGCACUCGUCCGUGUCUUUGGCUUGACCUUUUUCGUUGCUUCAUGGACAUUGUGUUGCCACCCGUCAGCUUCAGCGGAGAUCAUGGGAGGCUGCUGCUGGUCAUGUUCCCUCUGCUGCUUUCGUAAAUGUUCCUUUUGGCUUUCACCUGAAGAGAAAAGCGUCAUCGAGAUUAACCGGAAUAUCAACAGGAUGCUGAAGGAGCAGAAGAAACAGGAAAGUCACGGCAUUAAAAUUCUGUUAUUAGGAACUGGUGAGAGCGGGAAGACCACUUUCAUUAAACAGAUGCGCAUCAUCCAUGGAGAUGGGUACUCCAGUGAACAAUGCCAGGCCUUCAAGAGGCUUAUCUACCAGAACAUAUACACUGCCAUGAAGUCCAUGGUCCAGGCGAUGGACACGCUCAAACUUUCCUACAUCCUCCCUGGUAAUGAGGAAAACGCCAGGCGUCUGCUGCAGGUUGAUGUUCCUCAAGUACAGACCUUUGAGCCCCAGGAUGUGGAUGCCAUUCGGAGGCUGUGGGAAGAUCCAGGCAUUAAGUGGUGCUACAGAAGACGGCAGGAAUACCAUCUGCUGGACUCGACAAAGUACUACUUGACUCAUCUAGAUCGGAUUGGGCAGCCGAACUACAUCCCGUCCCUGGAUGAUGUGCUGAGGGUCAGAGUGCACACCACUGGGAUCCAGGAAUACUCCUUCACAAUAAAGAAGACCAAUCUCAGGAUUGUUGACGUCGGUGGUCAAAAGUCUGAACGAAAGAAGUGGAUCCACUGCUUUGAGAAUGUAACAUCCCUCAUUUUCCUUGCCUCACUAAGCGAGUAUGACCAAGUCCUCGAGGAAAACAAUCAGGAGAAUCGAAUGAAGGAGAGUCUUGCAUUGUUUUAUAGUGUCAUACAUUCUGCGUGGUUCAUCCGUGCUUCUAUUAUCCUCUUCCUCAACAAGGAGGACAUUCUACAGGAGAAAAUUCACACUUCACACUUAUGUUCCUAUUUCCCAAAUUUCAAAGGUGAAAAACAAAACGCAGAUGCAGCCAAAGACUUUAUCUGCAACAUGUACAAGGACCUCCAGCGUCUGAAGCCCAGAAGAGUGGAAGCCAACCAGACUGCGAGACACAGACAGGUGAAGGAGGAAGAUGAGGUGGAUAUCAGCAAUAAAGAGAUUUACCCCCACUUCACUUGCGCCACCGACACUGAGAACAUCACCCGUGUGUUCAACUCCAUCAAGGAUGAUCUCUUGAAACAGUCCCUCAAAGCCUUUGGUAUCUUGUGAGUCUGUAGUGGGCUACAUCACCCUGUCUUAAGGUGAUGACUGGAGUGACCUGUGAGGUUCUGUGGCUAUAGUUGUGCUGAGUGCAGGUAGAGGACUGUGGGGAGUGAGAGGCAACAUCACAAAAGAAGCACCGAGACACUCUUCAGGUGGGCACAGUAGAGGCCUGGGAAAUGAACACCGCACCCUCAUCCACACUGUGUCUGUCAAACUGGUGUAUAGGUGGUAAUGGAUCCUAAUCCUUGGUGAGAAAGAUGAUGUAGACCAGAGUUUGAAUGAGUUAUUAAAUUGCUGGACAUUUUCAAAUGGAGGAUUUGUUUGAAUGGCCUUUUAAAGUUGAAAAUGUAUUAGUGUGUUGUCUUAAACAGAAAAAGUAUAUUAAAUAGCAUCCAAGAUCAGUCACAAAAAGUAAAUGUCUACAAAAAUGCUACAAGCCUGUAACACCCACAGAGGUCAGUAGAUGGCAGCAGAAAGUUCCAGUGUAGUAUGGUGUGCAGAAAAGACGCUGAAAGAAGUCGCUAAGGACAUUCGAACUGGACAGACACGGCGCAUUCUCAGCACGAUGUCCACCUCCUAGACACAUAUAUACGGUAAUAAAGAAACAACAUUUUUUAAAAAGUAUUUUACACAUAGAAUGCACAUGGAGUUAAAGGAACACUCCAUCUAAAAAUAUUUUUUGUAUAUAUUACUUACCUCAAAAAAAAUAUUUAAUCUCGUGUUUUCUUUGAGAGCAGACAUAACAAACUUUCUGAAAGAAUGUGACCCAAUGGUGACCAACACUUGACAACAGCAAGUGGCAUCAAAACGUCCAUGAAAUACAUGGAAUCACACUUUUGAAGUGAAACCCGCUUCUCCCUCAUUCAUUUGUCAAAAGUCAUGUCUUCAAUUCGAAAGUGUCAAAAUGAAUAAUAAAAAAAGAAUGUCACUUGAACGACGCUCCUAAAUAUCAUUAAAAGGUCAUUUUGAUA